AUGGGCUCAUUUGGAGGUGCUAUUUUGUUGCUGCUCCCUCUGCUUCAAGGUGCCAAUGCAGCUGCUGUACAGAGGCGAUGGGUUAGCACCUUGACCUCUGUCGUGACCGUCCCUGAUCAUUCAAGCCCUGUAUGGGAUAUUAGUUUUGUCGGCGCAAGCUCAACUGCAACCCCGGUGAUUCAGUCUGAGCCUUCGACCACGACGCCUUUCGUUCCAUCGAAUGAGCCUGAAUCCGAACCUUCUACUCCCCAGGUACCACAUUCGACUCCAACUCCAGAGCCGAUUCAGCCUCCCUUUUCUAGUCCACUGAGGUCACAAUCACCGACUUCGACUUCAUUGUCUUCGUCUUCAGCUACCGAGCCUCCCAGACCUUCGCCCGUGAGAGGAUCUACCUCGGUGCCCACUCAAUCUCCCAGCUCUGUUCCAUCUCAGCCUCCUGCCUCUAAUCCGCUGCAGUCGCCCUCGAGCCAGGAUCAUACUUCUAGCGAGGCAGGCCACUCCAGCAGUGAGACACCCAGCGACACCCCAAGCAAUACACCCACGCCGGAUCCCAGUCAAUCGCCCGGCCCUGGGUCAUCUAAGCCGCCAACGCCAACACCAUUGGUGCCUUCGUCUAGCGGAAACUCUGCUACCAGCGACUCGCCUUCAAAUAAUGCAACACCGAGCGAGACUUCAAGUGACACUCCAAGUGAUACCCCUACGCCCGAUUCAAGCCAGCGACCGAGCUCUUCCCCAUCUCAAACACACAAACCCACCCAAUCUGCCUUCAAGAGCAAUCUGCCCACGGGCACGCCUACAGGAGAAGAAUGGACCAGUCUGACUCCUCUUCCUUCUGGAACUCUGACGGGCGAACAAGAGGAUGAGGAGGCAAAGAAUUUCAUUGGGAUCCUCGGCUGGUUCUGGAACAACAAGGAUGACCUCGAUGACGAGAGAUCCAGACAAGAAUACAAGGAACACCUUGACGAGACCGAAGAUUGGAUUGAGAAUUACCUUUCCAAAACCGGCUACGAUUCGAGCAAGUCUCCUUGCUCGGGCUCGUCCAAUUUGCUUGAUACGCUCUCGGGUCUUGCAGAAGAUGUCAAAAAUGGUGAUAGCGGCAAAGUUGGUGCUUUGUUUAGCUGUGCCGAGCCGUUGAUUCAGGAUCUGAAGGACAAUUUGCCUGACGAGGGUGAAUUGUCUGAUGACAAUCGGAACAAGAUUGAAGAGGACACAGAGAUUCUUCAAGGCAUUGAUAACAGCGUCGAAGAUGCUGAAGAUGAGCCUGAUGGUGAUGACAAUGGGGGAGAUGAUGACAACGGGGGGGACGAUGAUAACGGAGGGGACGAUGACAACGGGGGAGACGAUGACAACGGGGGAGACGAUGACAACGGGGGAGACGAUGACAACGGAGGGGACGAUGACAACGGGGGGGACGAUGACAACGGGGGGGACGAUGACAACGGGGGGGGACGAUGA